CCGCCCGCGGGAGGGCAGGGCGGUGCGCUGGGCUGGGCUGGGCAAGGAGGCUGCGAGGCCGGUGAUUUGCCGCUUUGCGGCGGCUUUGAAGGAUUUGGAGGGCUGCGCCCGGGAGAUGCGGGGCUCCAUGGAGCCUGUUGAUCACACGCAGCCGGGGCUGCGGGGGAGCUGAGAGCGGCCGGCGCCCAACACCGCAGCCUCGGAGGAAGCACCCGCUCAGCACUCCUGAGCUCCGGCGGCUCCGUUCCGGACCAGGACCUGCUCCAGCAGCCAUCGUCUGCCCCUGCCUGAUGCCAGCUCCUGCUGAGCCCGCUCAACUUUUGCAGCUGGCGGUUGGCAGCCCUUGAUCCCCGAGAUGACCCCGAGAGCCUGGCUGCUGUGUCUGUCCUGGACCCUGGCUGCAUCGCUGCAACUUCAGCAGGGCAUGCCAAAUGUAUGUCUGGAACAAGAGCUGGCAAUAGUGGGACAGCGACAGCCGUGUGUUCAGGCUUUUGCCCAGGUUGUCAAGAUGUGGAAACGAGGCUGCACAGGACACAGGUGGUGUAUGGGCUAUGAGAGAAGGAUGGGGUAUUACACAGUCUACAAACAAGUGUACAUCAUAGAACAUCGAACUGUCUAUAAAUGUUGUCCAGGAUGGACCCAACAAGAUGACGAACCUGGCUGCUUGUACUUGUUGUGCUCUGUAGGCACUUGUUUCAAUGGAGGGAAAUGCUCUGAAGGAGGAUCCCUCAUGUGCCAGUGUCCAGCAGGAUUUCAGGGUCCACGCUGCCAGUAUGAUGUAAAUGAAUGUACCAUUGAGAAUGGUGGCUGUCAGGACCAGUGCUGCAAUACUAUUGGCAGCUACUACUGCAGAUGUCCAGCUGGCCAGAAACUGGGCGAAGAUGGAAAAUCAUGUGAAGAUGUUAAUGAAUGUGCAGUAGUAAAUGGAGGCUGCCAGCAGAGCUGUGUUAACACUCCGGACUCCUUCUAUUGCAUAUGCGAUAUGGGAUACAGACUCCAUGCUGAUGGACGCACCUGCCUAGCUGUCAGUUCCUGCACUGUUAACAAUGGGGGCUGUGAACAGGAGUGCAUUCAGAUCAGUGAUGACCACCACAAGUGCCACUGCCAUCCACGCUACCAGCUGAAGAGAGAUGGCAAACACUGUGAAAUGAUGGACCCCUGCGCAAGUGGGAACGGAGGAUGCUCACACAUCUGUCAAAACGAGAGAGGACUUGCAAAGUGUGAGUGCCAUCCUGGGUACUAUCUUUCUGCAGACAAAAAGUCCUGUGGAGACAUUGAUGAGUGUGCAGAAGAGACAGCCAGGUGUGCUCAUCGUUGUGUGAACACCCUAGGGUCCUUCACCUGUGUUUGUAAUCCUGGCUUUGAGCUGGGGGCUGAUGGAAAGCAGUGCUACCGCAUCGAAAUGGAAAUUGUCAAUAGCUGCGAAAGCAACAAUGGUGGUUGUUCUCAUCACUGCGAGCACUCGCCUGGUGGGCCUCACUGUUCUUGCAACCAGGGAUAUCUCCUUGAUUUGGAUGGGAAAACAUGCAUAGACCUGGAUGAAUGUGAGUCCAGCGAGGCCUGCUGUUCCCAGUUCUGCAUCAACUACAUUGGAGGCCAUGAGUGCAGCUGCAAGGCAGGGUUCCGGCUUAAUGCCAAUGGCUGCGUAUGUGAUGAUGUGGAUGAGUGUCUUGGUGACAAUGCCAGCUGUGAGCAUAUCUGUGUUAAUUCUCUGGGGUCAUACGAGUGCAUGUGUAGAGAAGGCUACAGACUUAAUCUCAAUAGACAUUCCUGCAUCUCACUAGAUGAUGAUGAGCUGGAGGAGGAGGAAGAAGAGAAACUGGAGAUCGCUAGGAUUCCAGGCCUUCGGUUCAGAAGACCUCCUCAGCUGCUUCGUUAUGCUGCCGCACUAGGCACCUUCUAUGAGGAUGAGGACAAAGAUGUACGAGGAGAACUCACUCUCAUGCAUAAAGUUGUUUGCCUGGAUAACACCUUUGGCAAUGAUUGUAGCCUGAGCUGUGAUGAUUGUAUAAAUGGAGGCAAAUGUAACAGUGAAAACAGUGGCUGCAUCUGUUCACCGGGGUGGACCGGAAUUAUAUGCAAUGAAACUUGCUCCCCUGGGACUUACGGGCAAGAUUGUAAUAACAUUUGUAAGUGUCAGAAUGGAGGCUCAUGCGACCAUGUAACAGGACAAUGUCACUGCCCACCGGGAAUUAAUGGACAGAUUUGUGAGGAUGGCUGUCCAAAAGGAUUCUUUGGGAAGAACUGUAACAAGAAAUGUAACUGUGCCAACAAUGGCUAUUGCCAUAGACUCUAUGGAGCCUGUCUGUGUGACCCAGGGUUAUAUGGUCGCUUCUGCCAUCUAACUUGUCCCAAGUGGGCCUUUGGAGCUGGCUGUUCAGAAGAAUGUCAGUGUGUCAAGGAGAACACUCUGGCAUGCAAUGCCAGAAAUGGUACUUGCACCUGCAAACCAGGUCAUCAAGGGAACAAGUGCCAGAAAGAGUGUCCGCCUGGCUUUUAUGGAGCUGGCUGUAAGCUGAAGUGCAGCUGUUCUGCUGAUGCUUUAUGUGACCAGGAGACUGGAGACUGCAAGCAUCCAUGCCCACCAGGUUUCCAUGGAGAAAGGUGCCAUUUAUCCUGUGGCCCAGGGAAGUUUGGUGCGAACUGCAGGCAGAGCUGUGGCUGUGCAGGAGCACUAUGCGACUCAAAGACUGGGGAGUGCAUGUGCCCUGCUGGCAGAAGAGGUGCUGCAUGUGAUCAAGAUUGCCCUGAUGGUCUGUGGGGAGUAGACUGCCAGUUCUUCUGUGAGACCUGUGAGAAUGGAGGGAAGUGUAACAAAGUGACUGGAAUCUGUGACUGCCCUCUGGGAUACACUGGGAAAUCCUGUUACCUACCCUGCCCCCAUGGUUACUAUGGGCAAAACUGUCGGUUGCAGUGCAGCUGUAAUAGCAAUGCUCGGUGUCACCAUGUUACCGGAGAGUGCACAUGUCCUCCUGGCUGGAGUGGCCAUGACUGCAAACGUCCUUGUGAUGCUGGCCGUUGGGGAGAGCACUGUGAAAGCUUGUGUGUCUGCAAUAACAGUGACGGUAGCUGUGACCCAGUCACUGGGAUUUGUUUCUGUGAAGCAGGAUACUCUGGGAAACACUGUGAGCAGAGAUGCCCUAAGGGAACCUUUGGGCCAAAUUGUAAGUCCAGCUGUCCGUGCCAGAAUGGAGCUGCCUGUGAUCAUGUGAGUGGAGCCUGUACUUGUGCGACUGGCUGGACAGGAACUUUUUGUGAAAAAGCUUGUCCAGCUGGAUUUUUUGGAGUUGACUGCCACCAGGUGUGUGAAUGCAAGAAUGCAGCUCACUGCGACCACAUCAUAGGAACAUGCCAGUGCCUCCCUGGCUGGGUGGGAGCCAAGUGUGACCAACCCUGCCAGGGUGACAGUUAUGGGGAAGGCUGCAGUCAUGCUUGUAAUUGUCACAAUGGAGCGCGCUGUGAUCAUGUAACUGGGAUGUGUAUUUGCGCAGCAGGAUGGAGAGGAGCUACCUGCCAGCAAGCUUGUCCUUCUGGUUUAUAUGGCAUGAACUGUUUACAGCACUGCAUCUGUCGCAAUCAGGCUGUAUGUGAUCAGGUAACUGGACAAUGCAUUUGUCCCAAAGGCUGGACUGGAAUAGCCUGUGAACUUGAGUGUGAGGAUGGGAAGUAUGGAGAGAGCUGUGAGCAGAACUGUAGCUGUGGCAAUGGUGGAAUUUGUGACCGACAUUCAGCGAAAUGCAACUGCCAUCCAGGAUGGAUUGGGGACCAGUGCAAUGUUGCCUGUCCAUCUGGAUUCUUUGGGCAGCAGUGUGAGGAACGGUGUGACUGUGAACACAGCUCUUCCUGCCACCAUCAGAGUGGAGUGUGUCACUGUGAAAAAGGAUGGCGAGGAAAACGAUGUGACAAACCCUGCUUGCCUGGCUACUAUGGCAAUUACUGCACCAAGCGUUGCAACUGCCCUUCAGGUACCCCUUGUCACCAUGUGAAUGGAGAGUGUGGCUGCCCUCAAGGAUUCACUGGCUAUGGCUGUGAAAAAACUUGUCCAGCAGGCACAUAUGGUAAGAACUGUAACCAACUGUGUCAGUGCUCUGCAGAGAAUGAGGAAUGUCACCCAGCGACAGGCAAAUGUACCUGCCUACCGGGUUAUUAUGGAAUCCACUGUGACCUUAAAUGUCCACAAGGCACCUAUGGUCCAUACUGCCAAAAGGCAUGUAAAUGCUUUAAUGGAGGCCACUGUGAUACUAUGACAGGAACCUGUGAUUGUCCUCCUGGCUUCAUUGGAGCUGACUGUAGUAAAAUUUGUCCUGUAAGCCGCUAUGGGAAGGACUGUAUCCUGUUGUGCUCCUGUGGUAAAGGGCAGUGUGACCCAGUGACUGGCAAGUGCUACUGUCCACCUGGCCAAAUUGGACCCAGUUGUCAGCAAGUGUGUCCCCAGGGAAGCUAUGGCCCCAGCUGCCAGCUAAGGUGUAUCUGUAAGAAUGGUGGUAUCUGUGACCCUGUGAACGGAUCUUGUUCCUGUGGACUUGGCUGGACAGGAAGUUAUUGUGAAAAAGAAUGUGCCCUGGGUAAAUAUGGUUCUGACUGCCACUUAAACUGCUCCUGUCAGAACAAUGGAUCUUGUGACAGGUUUACUGGUUGCUGCCAAUGUCCAGAAGGUUACUAUGGGCACUCUUGUGAGCACACCUGCCCUGCUGGAUUUUAUGGUCUAAACUGUAUUCACUCUUGUGACUGUAAAAAUGGAGCUACUUGCAAUCCAGUGACUGGACAGUGCAUUUGUCCUGAAGGCUAUGAAGGUGUCCAGUGUGAAAAAGGCUGUAAUGUUGGAAGAUUUGGAGACAAAUGUCAGCAUCAGUGUGACUGUGAAGGAGUAGCCUCAUGUGAACCUGUAACUGGAAGAUGCCUUUGCCCACCUGGCAGGACUGGAGAUAGAUGCACCAUUGAAUGCAGGUCAGACCAGUAUGGCCCCAGCUGCUCUCUGAGAUGCCAGUGUGCCAACAAAUCCAAGUGUCAUCCUCACAAUGGGAGCUGCAUGUGUCCUGCCAAGUGGAUGGGGCCAACCUGUGAAGAAGGAGGCCCUCCAAAACUUCCUUCUUAUGAAGAACAAACUCAGGAAUGAGGGAAUGCUUUUUCAAGAUCUCUACAACAGUAAUGCUUGGACUAAUAAAUGAAUUGUUUUAUAGGCACAGACAAUAUUUAAACUUGGGUACAAGAACUGCUUGAAUUCAGUUUGAACUGUGUUGAAAUAUUCACACUUUUUCAUGGAAGACAACAGUGGCCAAUAAGUAGUUUGGAUCCCUUUUUAAAACUUCUAACCUGUUUCAUUUAUUUAUUCUUAACCUCCUACUUCUCAAUUAAUCCACUCUGGACAUUCUUUCAGAUUCCUGUUGUCACGUAUUGUUUGAAUUACAUGUGGGGGAAAAUAUUUUUAGCAAAACUGAUAUUUCAAGACUAUCAUGAUAAAAAAUGUAAUAUACACAUUUACAAUAAGCCACAUUAAAUACCAGUGGCUUUCUAAAUCCAGCUGACAAUGAGACUGGUGAUAAUACCUAUUUGAACUCCAAGGGCUCAAGCUUAGAUCUGGUUUAUGUAAAAGAGUCUAGCUACCAGAGGACAGAAUGGAAUCUGUAUGGGUUUUCUUCAUGUAGAUUCAGUUUUGCUGGUUUGUCAAAGUCAAACCAUUCAGUGGCUCGCAAAGAAACAUCCCCUUUUCAUUUCAGAAGAAAGGUAUAUCUUUUGAGGAUGCUGUGGGAAGCAGGCAAAGAUGUCUGAUUAUUGGUGAUUUUAAGAUAAAUUAUAUCUCCUUUGUAAACAAGACAUUGUACUGUGCUUGUACUACCCAGUUUGGUGAAGUUAGACGUUAAAUUCUGAGAAUUUAAAAUGGUUCUGACUUUGUUCAAUGUUAUCUGUUGGUCACUUUGUAAAGCAAAGUGAUCAUGGUUACUGAAAAUAUAGUUAAUACUAUUUUUGUCCAUUUUACAGGUUAUCCUUUUAAUAUAGGACUGAGUAACUGUAAAGAUAUAAUGUUCUGCAUUUUUAGUGUACCCUCAUGGGAUGAAAGAUUUAAUGGCACCAAUUUGUACCAUUGUUCUGAUCGGUUAGAAGUUAUAAGCCUGUUCAUAGCAACUCUCAGUCUGACUGGGUGAAAAGUGGAACUUACUCAAAAGCGGCAUGGAAUUUAGCGAAAGGUUGUAUGGUGUUGCCACUUAAGCUCUCUUUCACACAUCAUGACACACUAAUGGCGACACUGCAGGAAAAGGCCCUGGUUUUCCUUUUAAAAGGUUCAUCGUUGCAAUUGUGGUAGUCUCUGAUUUCUGCAGUCAGACACUGUCCAGAUAAAGCAUCCCAAGCUUCAGCUGAGGUCUUGAACGAUUCAUUAGCUGCCCAGUCAGUAGCAGGCCACUGUUGCUUACCUGGGACUUGAACUCCAGCUGUGAUCUAUUGAGAGCGAUUAGAGGUUUGGUUGGCAUUUGUUAAGCAUAAUGAAAGUAUGACUAUUGUUGUCCAUGACUACGCUGUUAUUGAAAGUAAUUCCAAACAUUCCUGUGACAAUAACAGAAUUAAUUAACCAACAGUGCUUUGAGCCAGAAAGACACAGGGCCUAAUUUUGAUCUCACACCAGUUCUACUUAGUAACAAAAUGGACAUGAGUGGAGUUAUUCCCAGUUUACAUUGAUGUAAAUGAGGGCAGAAGCAGCGAUGGCCUGGAGUUACCCAGAAACAAACAACUCUCAGUAGGCCUAGACCAGCUGCUGCUGUCAUUUUAAGUCUCCUUUUUAAAGACACACUGCCCUGAUUCUCACCUUACAGUAGUGUAAUUCAGGAGUAACUCCAUUGAAGUGAAUGGGGUUUAUACCAGGCUCAAACUGUGAGAGAGGAGACGCCAAUGCCUUGUUUUUAACUGCAAGAGAGAUAUGCAAUACAAGGCAAAAGUGAAUGCCCAAAAAAACAUAGAUAUUGCAAGUGAUGCAUUAUGCUCAGGACUUUUCACUUAGGGACAAUACCCACAGUCUUUGGACAAAUGUAUGGUUUGUUUACUCAGCAACUGAUGCACAAAGAACCAACUUUGGCGUAUGCUAUUUUGUAGUGGUACACAAUGUUUACUGUUUUUCAUAAUACGUGUAUUUAACUGUAAUAAGAGCUGCUUACCAAAGAACCCUUUAAGAAGCCAUAUUUAUAAGCAGAACCUGUGUUUUCAAAGGACUGUUCUAUUUUUCUUACCAUACCCCUCUCUAUUUUAGUGUAUUCUUGUUUACAUUUUCCACAGUACUUUAACUGAGCACUGUAAAUAUGUACUGGAAAUGGAAUUAAUAAUUUUGUCUGUACUGUUUUUUAAAACAAUUACCCAAGUAAGACAUAAGGCACAUUGUCAAGAAAACAAUAGGAAUAAUAUAGGUUAUUUCCCACCGAAUUAGAGGCCCAGCUAGAACUGGUCAGGAAUAUUUUGAAAAACAUUUUUCAUCAGAAGAGGCUAGUUCCUCAGAACCAAAACUGUUUGCAUAAAUGGGGUCAGUUUUGACAAAUUUUGUCUAUGCAAACAUUUUUUAAAAGAAAAUUUUGAAAUGGUCAAAACAGGAUCUUUUGAUAUUUUUCUGGUUGAAAAGACUUUUUGUUUUGAAAUGUAAGUUAAUUUAUGGAAACAAAGAAUUUUGAAACACUUUGACAUUCAGAAUGGAAUAUUUUGAUUGACCUGUGCAAAAAAAAAAUUGGAUUUUCAAUUAGCAGAAAUCUUUGAGGAUGACUUUUUGUUCCAAUUUGGAUCAGGGAAAUGUUUUUGAAAUCUCAAAUGAUUACAGGAUGGGAAAAUCAUUUUCUGCCCAGGGCUAGGCCCAAGAUCUGUUAUCAUUAGUUAUGUAUUUUCCUAACUGAUUGAAAACUUACUUGGAAUAUUGUGAACAAUUUGUGGGUGCUGCUUCUUACCGUUGGCGAACAACAUUUACCAAAGAGGGAAUUAUGUGCCUACAGAAUGUUGUCAAAUAAACUACAUGCGCUUUUUUGUCCUGGGAAAGGUGUUAAAUAGUUUUCUGUUACACUCAUUUUGUUAAACUGUGGCAAAUGAGUUCUAUUUGUUACUAAAACAAUGUCAUACAUUUUAAUUGAUCAUUUAUUCUGUUUAGUAAAAUACCAGUAUAAACUGCUAGGAUGACAGUUAGCAUUGAAAUGUGUUGGCAAUGACACCUGUCAGGAAUGGUCUGGAUUAUACUUAGUCCUGCCAUGAGUGCAGGGGGACUGGACUAGAUGACCUCUCAAGGUCCCUUCCUGUCCUAUGAUUUAGUGUAUUUUAAAUUCAUCUGUAUCUUCAGCUUGGUGCACUCUCCUUGGCAACCUAUUUCCCAUGUCACUGCAGUCACUUAUAGUGGAAUUUCUAGACAUUCGUGGACUUUGUAUUCUGAAUAUAACAAGCAUGUUAUAUGAAUACACAGGUCACUACUGCUCUUUUACAUUGGUGUAAAUCUGAAUCAACUCCAGACUUACAAGCAGCUAAAUGGGUAGACUAUGACCUGAUGAAGCCAGCAGAAUUCUACUCAAUGUGAGUUUGAGCAAGCAGAGCAGCAUGUUUUAGGUUAGAUUUCUAUAAUUAUAAUAGUAUCCUCAUAGGGAAACCAUCAGGAUUUUGAAAAUUCCCUGCUCCUCACUGCCAAAACUUACUGUUCUACUUUUAUCCUUUUUAUGUUUAAGAACCAUAGCUAUUAAAGUUUGCCCAGAUUUCUUAUUAACCCUAUUAUUUUGAUUGGCUGCAGGUUUCUGUUUGCCUAAGUAAUAACCAGCACAGUAUCAGAAAUUGCCAACAGGACAAACAUGGAAAUUAUGGACACAUUUUGGAAGCAUCACUGAUUAUUAUUGCUGGUUUACCCAUGCCAAAAAAAAUCAUGUUUAUUUCAGAAUUUAUUCUUUUACCAGGGAGAAGGGAACAGAGUCCUAGGAAUAGCUCUUUACUCCUCGGGGCAUUCUGCGCCAAAAAAUAAAAAUUCUAUGCAUAAUAUUUUAAAAUUCGGAAAAAUUCUGCACAUUUUCUUUGUCAAAUAAAUGUGGAGGCUCCAGCAUGGCAUUGG